ACGCCUACUACAGCCAGUGCCAGAAUCACAGCAGAAGGGCUUAUACUCACGGCGCCUUUGGAAAAAAAUCUGUCAUUAAGAAUAGAUUUCAGUAAUAUGAUAACCAUGGCAUAAAGAAAAUGAGCAAACAUUUAAAAAGACACGCAAGAACCAUGUUGUAAGCAGCGGCUGUUGCCUUACAAAGAAUCAACCUACUUUACCUAUGCCUCCUGGGAAGAUAAUAAACAAGAACAUCUGAUUCACUGAAGUCUUUUUUUGUCAGCUUUGCUUUGGGUCAUUUCUAUAAUGUACAGAACCUUAACCCCACUGUGGUUUUAAUACUACAAAAAGACACCAUUUAGAUAGAAAACCCACGAGUGGAUUUAUCUUUUAAAAAUGACUCAUUUGCAAGCGGGUCUUUGUCCGGAAACUAAAGAGAAAGCUCGUUUGGAACUAAAUGAGAACCCGGACACUUUACAUCAGGAUAUACAGCAGGUCAGAGACAUGGUCAUCACAAGACCCGAUAUAGGUUUUCUGCGAACAGACGAUGCUUUCAUUUUAAGGUUCCUUAGAGCAAGGAAAUGUAAUCAAAUGGAGACUUUCAAACUGCUUGCCCAGUAUUUUCAUUACCGUCAGCAGAAUUUGGAUAUGUUUAAAAGCUUCAAGGCGGACGAUCCUGGGAUCAAACGAGCGUUGAUGGAUGGCUUUCCUGGCGUCUUAGAAAACCUCGAUCAAUACGGCAGGAAGAUCCUUAUCCUUUUUGCCUCUAACUGGGACCAGAGUAGGAACUCUUUUGUUGACAUCUUAAGGGCCAUCCUUCUCUCUUUGGAAGUCCUAAUUGAAGACCCAGAACUGCAGAUCAAUGGCUUCAUCUUAAUAAUAGACUGGAGCAACUUCUCCUUUAAACAAGCAUCCAGACUCACCCCCACCAUACUCAAACUGGCCAUUGAAGGACUACAGGACAGUUUCCCUGCUCGUUUUGGAGGCAUCCAUUUUGUCAAUCAGCCUUGGUACAUUCAUGCACUGUACACCAUAAUAAAGCCAUUCCUCAAAGACAAGACCAGGAAACGGAUCUUUCUUCAUGGAAACAACUUGAACAGUUUGCAUCAGCUAAUCUUUCCGGAGUGUCUUCCUUCAGAAUUUGGGGGCACUCUACCCCCUUAUGACAUGGGAACUUGGGCCCGGACGUUAUUAGGACCAGACUAUAACGACGAAACAGAAUACACUCACACAUACAAUGCGUUGCAUGUAAAGCAAGUGCUGGGAAACACUGAGAGAGAUUGUUCUCCCAAACACAUGACAAGGUCUCAGUCGGUCGUGGAACCUGGAACUCUGAAGCAUGAAGAAAAGGAUAACAAGAAUACUCAACCUUUGCUUGCCCUGGACUGAACGCAGUGUGAGCUGUGUGCACACAUACAGUACACCAUGAAAUCUGCAGCCUAGUCUCAAUGGUACAGUAAAUAAUGAAGCACAUCCUCAAUUAAUUCAGUGCCAGCUUCUUCAAGUGUCAUUUUACAUUUUAGUGGGCAAGAAUGUCACCAGCUAUCAACAUUGGUAGCUAACUCCAGCUGAGCAAAACUACAGCUUGUUUUGCUAUAGUGAAUGUUGUUUUAAAGCUAUAUUGUAUUUGCAGCACAUAACCUUUUAAUAGAGGCAUAUUUGCAGAUUUGAAAUGGACUAUUAUCAGUUGUUUCAAAGAUUGUAUAUUCCAUGAAGUCUCCCAAAUGUCAUAAUUUAUUUAAACAAGCAAAAAAAGACUGUAAAAUAAAUUACUUAGACCUAAUAUUAUCCUUUGUUUAGUUCUCGGGACAGUGUGGGAGUUCAAUCAGCCAUAUAAAUAUGACAGGUUUUCAUGCUGUAGGAAUUUUUGUUUUAGAGUAUGGAUUUCACUGGUAAAGACAUUUUUCAAACCUGACCCUGAUUAUUUAAUGGGUCUUGGGAUUUCUUGUAAUAAAUGAAAACAGCCAACAGAACGAUCCUGAAUAAAAUAUGAAUGAAGGAACCACAUUUGUCCUAUCUUCAACAGGCUGGAAGAACACUACUGUCAAGCCUACUGUACUAUGGACUAAAGUACUAGGAAGUUUUGUUUAAUUAUAAGGUCUACACAAACAGAAGUAGUUGUUCAGCUGUAAGCUGCUCAGUGGCUUUACUCAAGUCUAACUUUAAAACAUGAAGGUUACCUUGUUUCCACUGGCAAAUGAAAUCGUAACCGAGAGGGGCUAACUGGGUAUAUAAUUUAAUGUGCAUGAUUCUUUUCAUCGCAAACAUUUAAAAACAUUUGCCAAAUCCUGAAAGCUUGUGUCUGGAUGAAGCAGUUGUGGGUCAAUAAUAUCCAAAUAAUGUAUUUAAAUACAGUAAUUCAUUCAUUUAUUUACUAAAGCAUUACCAUCAUCCUUUCUUCCCUGUAACUUGCUAGGAUUGGUUGAUGCUGGUUUAUCUCAAUUUGCUUCAGUUUGUUUGAAAUUGCAGCUCUGGAGUUAUUUAUUUUGUCUCUCUGUUUUCUCAUUCACUACCAUUUUUUAUUUAUUUAAAAUUAUGUGGGGAUAACACCAGGCUUUUGAUAGCAACCUAUACAUUUAGGACACUGUAGUCCAGAGAACGUAUAACGGAAGCAAAAGAACAAGGAAAGCUUUUUUUGAUCUGUGAAUGCUGUGAUCUCUCAGCUUGAAUAUACUGGUGGAAAUCGUUAAAUGCCAUAUGUGGUGGCAAAUUGAGGACUACUUUACACGUUUAAAAAAUAAAUAAAUAAAUCUGUGCUUUCCUCUUAUUCCAACUGUAAAGCAAGCCAAAAUAUGAUGCACCAAAAUAAAACUGUUUCGAAUCAUUCUUGUCAGAAAGUUAGAAGAUUUACUAUACCCAUCACCCAUUGCAAUUUAAAAUCAGUCACGCUGAAAACAGCAAUGUUAUAAGGUAAAGUAUGCACCUGUAGAAAUACCUGUGUUACAAGCUGCAGGGCGGCUGUGUAGUCAGAAAACGUUAGGCUAUUAAAUAGAAGUGUAACCAUUACCAUAAGGGUAUUUACCUCUUGAAGACCCAAAACCUCAAUAAGAUCAAAGCUGCUCGUAGAGCCUGUGACGGAGUCAUGGCCCAGCCCUAAGU